AUGAUGGCCUACCCACGAUCGGUCGAGCAGCUCAGCUCGAUUGCCCAGCUGCCCUUCGACCGCCGGCUGCCGAUCAAGUCCUACGUCCGGAGCUGCGAGAUGCUCUACCAGCAGGCCAGGGUGCACCAGGAGAACGAGCAGGCCGAGCUGGCGUACAUCUACCUCUACCGAGCAGAACGGAUCACCCAGCACGAUCUGCCGAGCCAUCCCGAGUACGGCGCACUGCCGCCAGGCUACCGGGCCCAGCUCAAAGCAGACGCUGCCAAAUACCGCAAUGCCCUCGAGCCCAUCCGAGCCAGACUCGCCCCCGGCCCCGACCCGCUCCUCCAGACCCAGUCCCAGUCCCCCUUGGACGACUGGACCCUCGUCGAGCCCCCCCGCCACUACGAGCCCCUCCGCAAAUCCUCCUGGCAGCCCCCCGCCAUCCGCCCCAAACUCCCCCGCACCAGCCGCUCCUCCGCAUCGCCUUCGACCACUACCCGCUCCUCUUCCGCUUCAUCUCUGCCCAGCGACAGGAACCCGCUCGCCUGGCCGGUCGAGCUCGGAAACGGCCUGGGCCAACGCAUGAGCGUCGCACGCUCCCUCGACCCUCCUCAACCUCAGUCCUCCUCCUCUAGUCGCCCGGAUCCUCCUCCGCGCACCGCCACCGCCGGGACGACGUUCAGACACCCCGCCCUCUACGACCUACCAGACCCCAUCCCGUCGCCCACUCUCGAUCGUCCAUCGGCCUCGUCUGGCGGCCCAACCUCGCCCAAGAAGCCCGUCUCUCAUCCGCUCACUUUCGCCCGCUUCGCCCGCUCCUCCGACGCCCUCCCUGCCUCCGAGGGCCCUUCCCGCGCAUCAGCACCCCCGCCCCUGUCCUCCUCCUUCCGCAACCUCCUCCGCCCAAGGAGACUCUCCUGGACCGCCGCCUCUUCCAAGCCGGCCGCCCGCAGAGACUCGCUCACCGACUGGCCCUCGUCCUGGCGUUGGCUGCGCAACCUCAAGCUUUCCCCGCCCGUCCCUACCCCUACUGCCCCCGUGUCGGCAGCCAUCUACGCUGACAUCCCCGCCACAUCCCCGCUCUACUCCGUCCCUCCUAGCCGCACUCAGUCGGCCACGAAGGGCACAGACCACGGACGCAGGAGGCCGAUGACCUGUCCCGCCGACCUCAAAGGGGGCAAGCUCGUCGUCGACACUCUGCUCAUCCCCAAACAACGGUCGACGGCCGAUACCUGCCACACCGUCGACGAGGCGGCCACGUUCGCGUUCCAGAGCCGCGCCGGACUCAUGACGCUGGGCUGGAUCCACACCCACCCGACCCAGACCUGCUUUAUGUCCUCAGUCGACCUCCACAACCACCUGUCAUACCAGCUCAUGCUCCCCGAGGCCGUCGCGAUCGUCUGCAGCCCGUUCAAACAGCCCAGUGUGGGCGUGUACACGUUGACGGAGCCGCACGGGCUGCACACGAUCCGCUCCUGUGUGAUGAAGCCCGACGCGUUCCAUCCCCAUCCGCAAGACGACGACCCGGCUCGGCCCAUAUACACCACACCGGACGCCCGCCUGUUCGCCUUCGGCGGCCAAGACCAACGCAUGGACCUCGACAUCGUCGACUUGCGCUAG